AUGGAGGAUCUGAUCAAAGUACAGGAAAAGAAAGGUUUGCCUUCACAGGGCUUCACCUUUCUACAAAUGGAAAGCUCAGAAAUGGAGGAUAUGGUUCCUGGUCUUUUGCUAUCCCGGCCUCAGGAAUUAUUGACAUUCGAGGAUGUGGCAGUGGACUUCACCCAGGAGGAAUGGAAACAACUAGAUCAUGUUCAGAAGGACCUGUACAGAGAUGUAAUGCUGGAAAACUAUAGGAACCUGGUCUUUUUGGGCAAUCAAAUUUCCAAACCAGAUGUGAUAUCUAAGUUGCAGCAAGGAGAAGAGCCCUGGAUAAUGGAGAAAGAAAUCUCAAAAGGUACCAGCCUAGACCCAAGUAAACAUCAGAGAAUCUGUGCAGGGAAGAAACAACCCUAUGAAUGUAAUGAAUGUGAGAAAGCUUUUAGUCAACAUGAACGACUUAUACAGCAUCAGAAAAUUCAUGUUGUAGAGAAACCAUAUGAAUGUAAUGAAUGUGGGAAAGCCUUCAGCCGAAGUACAAACCUUGUUCAACAUCAGAGAAUUCAUACUGGAGAGAAACCAUAUGGAUGUAAUCAAUGUGGUAAAGCAUUCAGCCAGCGUGCACACCUUCUUCAGCAUCAUAGUACUCAUACAGGAGAGAAACCCUAUGAAUGUAUAGUAUGUGGGAAAACCUUCAGUCAGAAUACACAUCUUAGUCAGCAUCGGAGAAUUCAUACUGGAGAGAAACCCUAUGACUGUAAUGAGUGUGGGAAAGCCUUUCGUCAUCUUUCUUCCCUUACUCAGCAUCAGAGAAUACAUACAGGAGAGAAACCUUACAACUGUAAUCAAUGUGAAAAAACUUUUAGACGAUGUACAGAGCUUACUCAGCAUCUUAGAAUUCAUUCUGGAAAUAAGCCCUAUGAAUGCAUUGAAUGUGGGAAAGCCUUCAGCCGGAGUACACACCUUAAUCAACACCAGAGAGUUCAUACUGGAGAGAAACCAUAUGAAUGUAAUGAAUGUGGAAGAACCUUUAGCAGCAGAUCAUCCAUUGCUCAGCAUCAGAGAAUUCAUACUGGAGAGAAGCCCUAUGAAUGCAGUGAAUGUGGGAAAUCGUUCACCCGAAGUACAAUACUUGUUCAACACCAAAGAAUUCAUUCUGGAGAGAAACCAUAUAAAUGUAAGCAAUGUGGGAAAUCAUUCACUGAUAAGUCAUCAAUUUUUCAACACCAGAAAGUGCAUGCUAGAGAGAAGCCAUAUGAAUGUCAUGAAUGUGGGAAAUGUUUCAGUCAGAUUUCGUACCUUAUUCAACAUCAAAGAAUUCAUACAGGAGAGAAACCCUAUGAAUGCAAUUAUUGCGGGAAAGCCUUUGGCAAUAGAUCUUCCAUUAUUCAGCAUCAAAGAAUUCAUACUGGAGAGAAACCUUAUGAAUGCAGCGAAUGUGGGAAAUGCUUUAAUCAGAUUUCAUAUCUUACUCAACAUCAGAGAAUUCACACUGGAGAAAAACCUUAUAAAUGUAAUGAAUGUGGGAAGGCCUUUAGGUGGAGUACACACCUCACCCGACAUCAAAAAACUCAUACAGAAGGGAAACUUCAGAAAUAUAAUUAA